AUGAAGAACUUAGACUGUGACAAACUCUUUGUUAGUAACAACCUCGUGAGUGUCAAUUCUCCUUCUUUCUCCAUGGAAAGCGGCAAGUCGACCGUCGAGAUUCCGGCUCAAAAGACGGAACAAACCCCGUCUCAAAGCAGCAUCAAUAGUAGCAACAACAUUACCAACAAUGUUAGAAGUCGGGUUAGGCCAUACAGUAGAUCUAAAGUCCCUAGACUUAGAUGGACUCAUGAUCUUCAUCAGUGCUUUGUGCAUGCCGUUCAACGACUUGGAGGAGAAGAAAGAGCAACUCCAAAGGCUGUGCUACAAUUGAUGAGUGUCAAGGGAUUAACUAUUUCUCAUGUGAAAAGCCACCUUCAGAUGUACAGAAGCAUGAUGCAUGAGCAAGUAAUCAAAGUAAAUGAAGAAAACCCCUUGCUGUUGCGAUUAAAGAAAAACACCAUCGUACCUCCACCUACAAAAUGGGUUAAUCGUGAUCCAUCUCAUAUCGGGAAUGAAUAUCUCGGGAAAGUUCCAAAUUCUUCUUAUCCCUCAUUCUAUAAGGACUUUUUUGGCCCAAACAAUGACCAGGCCAGAGAAAAUGAAAAACAGGUGGGAAGCAGUUUCAAGAAGAAGAAAACAGAAGAAGAGGCGGAGGCAAGUAGGAGCUGGAGCCUGCUGUGUUCAUCCUCAGGACCAAAAGAUGAGGAGGAUGGCAUAAAUCUUGAGCUCACUCUUGGGUGA